UCACACACCCAAUUCGAUAAAAAUUGUACAAAAAAGUGAACAAAUUUAAUUAAAAGUAAAAAGAUUUUCGCUGGAGCUGUUGAAAAAAGAAGCAAUAGAUACAAAUUUAAGUAUGAAACGACGAUGACAGGAAGGAAGUAAAAUGGUAGUGAUUUAUUGAUUUUUUACAGAAAUAAUUUCAAAAAUUUAAUACAAAACGUACUUAAAUCGUGUGCAAAUUAAGAAAAUUGCUAACAGAAAAUAAUUGUGCUUAAAGAAAAUGUUAAAAUUAACAAGUGUUUAAACGAAAAGAAAAAAAAUACAGCAGAAAAAAGACCAGACGACGUGCUAAAAGUGGCAUUAUGUGGCAAUGAAUAAAUCCAAAUGCAACUUUUAAUUUGACGUACGAAAAAGAUUAAUCCCACUACAACAAUGAAAUUCAAUUAACACAACAAAUGUGAAAGGUAAAAGGUGAAAGAAGCUACAAAUAUUAGAAUUUCGAACAGAAAAUAGACACAAAGAAAAUAUGUCUUCAUGGACAAAUCGAAAUACAAGAACAACAAUAAUAAAACGAAUAAAAAAAAUUUAAAAUCAAUUAACUUUAGCUUCUAAAUAUACACGACUCUCCUCUAUUACUACUACUACGACUCUACUUCAACGAUAUUUUCAAGAUAAUACUUGAAGUCAAUAGCACCAACUUACAGAGAAGAACUAAGUUCAAAUUGAAUAGAACAAUUUGUAUGGAAAUAGAACAAAAAAAAAAAUUCAAUUUAAAUCAAUCACUUUAAGAAAAUACACAGUAAAUAAGGAUUAGAGUAACAACAUGAACAGUAGUAGUUCAGAUAUUCCAAUUCCAACAGCAACAACAACAACAGCAGCAGCGGCAGCAGCAUUAGAAUUGAAAAACAGUCAAAACAAUACAACAGCCACAGCAACAACGAUACAACGCAGCAGUAACAACAAUAACAUCAGCUAUGGUUCAGCCAUGCAACCACCACCGCCACAACACCCAACAACACUGGGUGAAUUGUAUCAUGCCGGCUCAACUGUCACAGGCAGCUUAAAUGGUACUAGUAUUGGUAGCAGUAAUAAAAUGCCAGCAACAGUUGAUGUUAAUGCUGGUGGUAUAGUGUGUGGUGGUGGUGCAGCCAUGAGUAGUGCUGUUUGUAAUGUCAACAACAUUGCAGCAGUGGCACAAACAACAGCAACAACAACAACUAAUAGCAGUACUAGCAGCAUUAGUAUGCAUGAUUUUGAUAACAGGCAAUCAAUAAAUAAUGGAGCAGCAUCACUGAGUGGCCUUAUGGUUGGUAGCUGUGGUGUUAUAGGCAGUGGGGGUGGGACCAUUGGCUCUAAGCCCCAAGAACGUUAUGUAUGGGAAAUGCGUGCGCGCAGCCCUAAUGUAACACCAGCCAGCACGGUACUUAAUUCACCAGAUCUUAAUACAGACAUGCAGUACAGCAUACAUCCUCAUCAGAGACAGUUGCAACAGAUACGUGUUGGUCGCAGUCCUGGUAGUCAAUUUGAACAGCACAAUAUACUGCCACAGGGCCUGGCCUCACCAGGUUCUCCCACAGAUGUUGGCAAAGCCGAUGGUCAGUGUUUGAGAGACGGCGAAAUUGUAGUGUUUGAUGACAUCGACACCAACUGGAUGAAUAAAUCAAAUAAUUCAUAUUCUUCAAAUCAUUCCAAUCAUGCACGCGAUUCAUAUCAUGGCAAUGAAGACAUACUAAAAGUCACCAAAAUGAUUGGUCAACUACCCAUUGCCGAAUAUGAGGGUUCACCCAGACGUUUUGGCAAUCAACCGCAAACAAUGAAAACCAACUCAACAACCACUGGAAAUAAUAGCAUGGUGCCCAAAAGGCCUCCCGGAUUUCCACAACGUGUCUCGCCCAUGACUUCGUUAACGCCACAACAACAGCAGCAACAACACCAAGAAGCUGCCCAUGCCCGGCACCAGCAAAUGCAACAGCAACAUCAAUUUUAUGCUCAAGCCACCAGCAGUGGCAGUUGUACUAAUUCCUCCAUCUAUAACAACGAUGGCAAUAACAAAUCGAUUGGUAAUCUCAUAGACAUCGAUGCCGAUGACGAGGAUAUUGUCUCCUCCUCGUUGGCCCAACAGUCACAACAAACGCCACCAACAUCAUCAUCGACAUCAACUCACAACAAUGACUUGUCGUUGGGCAAUAAAGUCAAGACUCCUACAUUUGAUUAUUUAUAUGAAUUUUCAGAAACUCGCAAAGUUUUAGAGGAAUUUUUCAAAGCAAAUCCAGAGGAUGAAAAACGUUUUACGGAUUUCACUGAAAGUGGUGAUGAUAUGGGUAGUUGUGAUACCCAUCAUGAGUAUGUGCAUCAUCACGAUGAUGAAAAUAAACAUAUCGAACAGGCUUACAUAGGUCAACGUUUAGCUAGAAUACCCAAAGAUGAAUUAUAUAUGGUGCAUCGUUCUCCUACUAAGAAACAGAAACAAAUAAUACAACAACAACAGCAGCAGCAGCUACAACAACAACACCAGCCACCGCCACAACAACACCAUCAUCAACAGCAACAACUACAACAACAACAACAUCAACAGCAGUACCAACAACCACAACAGCAAUGUGAUAAUAAUAUUGUGUAUAAUGACAACAACGACAUUGAGCUGUAUAUCGAUUCAAACAGUCGUAGCAGUGGUGAUUUAGCUGACACAGAAUUGGAGGCGAAUUUACGGCAUCAUUCACGUAAUUUCACAUUGUCUCCGGAGACAACUGAUUACGAUUCCAACUGUGGCGAUUUGGAUAGUCUUUCGAACGAUAUAAAUUGCACCACAGACUAUGGCAAAUUGUACACCAGUAUGCCAGUAUUAGAAGACGGCUUAUCGAGUGGUCAUGCAUCGGAUACAGAAAAUAAUUGUCAAAAUAAAUACGAAACAAAUGGUGAUGAUAACAACGGCAGUUGUGAGGGCGGUUUAAACGAGAAACAUCAUCAACACCAGCACCAGCAUCAACAAGAAAUGUUGGAACAAAACAAAUACAAUAAUAGUUUGACACAAGAGUGCAUGGAUAAUAAUUAUAGUACAGCAGCCAAUAAUUUGAUAACAAAUUUGGUGAAUAUUGAGGAAAGUGUUAGAGUUGGAGGUGGUGGCAUGGUUGUGGGCGGUUUAAUCGAUGUAGACGAGUUGAAUUCAUGCAAACUUCUACAACAACAGCAGCAGCUGCAUCAUCAUCAGCAGCAAAGUCAAUGUAAUGAUUUAAUGAAUACGGAUAGUGGUUGUUGCAAUUUAGCUUCCUUAAAUACAUCCAACGAAUUAAGCAACGAUUCUUCAAAUUAUGAGCCGAUAUAUGCCACGGUUAAUAAACAUCCACAACAACAGCAGCAGAUACAACAACAACAACAAUCACCACCACCGCCACCAGCUCCGCAACCGCAUCGCCAGCAGCAACAACAGCAGCAGCAAACACGUGUUAAACAUCCAGGUCGUGCGGAAUCAGUAGAAAUACAAGAAGCCAUGAAGGAAAUACGUUCUGCUCUACAAAGAGCCAAAACUCAACCCGAAAAAUUGAAAUUUUGUGAUGAAGUUUUGCCACCUGGUCCAGAUUCCCCGAUAUGGGUGCCACGUAAAAGUAAUGCAGAUUGCAACAACGUUAACUCUUCAAAUAAAUCACAUUGUGAUGAGGAAGAACAAGACACCGAUUUGGAAACUGAUCGUUUGUUGGGGCAACAAAGAACCGAUGAUCAGGAUUUUUUCGAUGACAAGACAAUUUGGCCUAAAACAUCACACGUUGGUUCUUCCGAACAUUCGCCCACCUCUUCGGACAUCACCAAUAAUUUACACAUCAAGCCACAGCCCUUCUCAUCGGCUACCAUACGCCAGGGUAUUGGCACAUCUCUAACACCAAAUUCACCCGACCACUGUCAAAUAGUGGGCGGUUCCGAUGUAGCAGUUACAUCGCCAGAAAAACUGCAAUACACUAAAAGUCCCACGGGUUCUAUAAAAUCCCUUAAGGAUUCAGCUAAUAGUGAUAAAAAGGCUAAAUCACGCAAUAAAGAGGGUUUUUUGGAUCCGGCAGUACUAAUUGAAGGUGUGCUAUUUCGUGCCCGAUAUUUAGGCUCCACACAGUUGGUAUGUGAGGGUCAGCCAACAAAAUCUACACGAAUGAUGCAGGCCGAAGAGGCGGUAUCACGUAUAAAGGCUCCCGAAGGCGAAAAUCAACCUUCUACUGAAGUCGAUUUAUUCAUAUCAACUGAAAAGAUUAUGGUCCUUAAUACGGACCUCAAAGAGAUCAUGAUGGAUCAUGCUUUGCGUACCAUUUCCUAUAUUGCCGAUAUUGGUGAUUUAGUUGUAUUAAUGGCACGCAGAAGAUUUGUCCAUUCCGAUCCUUGUUCGGCGGCAGACAAUGAAUCAUCCGGUGGCAUUGCUAAAGACAAAGAUUCCAAAGAGAAUGGUUCCUCAUCUGCCUCAAACAAACAGAAUCGUACACCAAAAAUGAUUUGUCAUGUUUUCGAAAGUGACGAAGCUCAAUUUAUAGCUCAAUCCAUAGGUCAAGCCUUUCAGGUGGCCUACAUGGAAUUCCUCAAAGCCAAUGGCAUUGAAAAUGAGAAUUUAGCUAAAGAAAUGGAUUAUCAAGAGGUGCUCAAUAGCCAGGAGAUUUUCGGUGAUGAAUUGGAAAUCUUUGCUAAAAAAGAAUUACAAAAAGAGGUGGUCGUACCGAAAGCCAAAGGUGAAAUACUAGGUGUGGUCAUCGUAGAAUCCGGUUGGGGUUCCAUGUUGCCGACGGUGGUUAUAGCAAAUCUGAUGUCGGGUGGUGCUGCUGCACGUUGUGGUCAAUUGAAUAUUGGAGAUCAAUUGAUUGCCAUUAAUGGCUUAAGUUUGGUGGGUCUUCCGUUGUCUACAUGCCAGAAUUACAUACGAAAUGCUAAAAAUCAAACUGCGGUUAAGUUUACUGUUGUACCAUGUCCUCCAGUGGUUGAGGUGAAAAUAUUGCGUCCUAAAGCACUAUUCCAAUUGGGUUUUAGUGUUCAAAAUGGAGUGAUUUGUAGUUUAUUACGCGGCGGUAUAGCGGAACGUGGCGGUGUUAGAGUUGGUCAUCGUAUUAUAGAAAUUAACAAUCAGAGUGUUGUGGCUGUGCCACACGACACCAUUGUCAAACUCCUAUCAUCCUCAGUGGGAGAGAUUUUAAUGAAAACUAUGCCCACUUCCAUGUUUCGUUUGCUGACGGGUCAAGAAACACCUAUUUAUAUCUAAAUCUACAUUUAUAUUUUUAUUAAGCAUUAAGACCUCUAACGAAAUCAUUAUUAAUACUAGUAUUAAUCAACUAAUUACUAUUAUUAUUAAUACAUAUACAAUUUAUGUUUCAAUUAAUUUGUAAUUUAUAAUUUCAUACGAAUUUCACAACUUUAUAAGAUUCUUAAAACAAACAAAACAAAAACAAAAACCUACAUACAUAUUUACUUACAAUACUACGACUUAGGCAGCAGCAGUUAGAUGAUAUAAAUUAUAUAAUUACAACUCAAAAGCUUUUACGAUUAAAGCUUUAAAACAACACAUAAGGCAAACAAUUUUUGGCUCAAAAGCUAAAGCUUAUAAAACAACAAUUUAAACGAAAUUAAAUAUUUUUCUGUUUGUUUAUUUUUAUUUCAUUUUAAAUGAAUUAAAGUAACAAUCUUAAAUAAGUUAAGAAACAAUUUUUAGAAAAUAUCACUUAGAACUAAAAACAAACACU